CGACCCGGAAGCAGUGAAGCGCGCUGCCCGGAAAAGGUCGCGAUGAUCGGCGGCGCGACGUACGGGAGACUCCUGCGGGCCUCGGCCUCGCGCUGGCGGGUGGCCGAAGGCCGCCGUAGGUCGUCGCGUUCAGUGUUCGACCGAAGCAUGAAGAAGAAGCAGAAGGAGUGGGCGGGCUCGUGCCGCGACACACGGAAGUACGACUACCUACGGGACGAGGUUGGCAGUCGAGUGGCGGAUCGCGUGUACGACGUGGCCAGGACCUUCCCCCUGGCGUUGGAGAUCGGUGCCGGACGAGGUCACGUCGCUCAACAUUUAAGCAAGGACGCGGUGGAGCGUUUGUUUGUGACGGACAUCUCCGAGGCCACCCUGAGGCGGAACGUGGGCGGCGAGAUGCGGUGGCACGCCCUGGCGGCCGACGAGGAGUUCCUUCCUUUCCGCGAGAACACUUUCGACCUGGUGCUCAGCAGCAUGAGUCUGCACUGGGUCAACGACCUGCCCGGCGCGCUCCGACAGAUCCGGGCCGUCUUGAAGCCCGACGGCGUGUUCAUCGGCGCCAUGGCCGGCGGCGAGACCUUGUACCAGCUGCGCUGCUCGCUGCAGCUGGCCGAGACGGAGCGGGAGGGAGGAUUCUCGCCGCGCGUCUCGCCCUACACCGCCGUGGCCGACCUGGGCAACCUGCUGGGGCGGGCCGGCUUCAACGUGCUCACCGUGGACACGGACGAGGUGCGGGUACAUUAUCCGGGCAUCAUGGAGGUGAUGACGGACUUGCAAGGUAUGGGCGAGAGCAACUGCGCUUGGAACCGCCGCUGCCUGCUGCAUCGAGACACCAUUUUGGCGGCGGCGGCUGUCUACCAAGAAAUGUACGGUAACGAGGACGGCUCUGUCCCGGCCACCUUUGAUAUCCUCUACAUGAUUGGCUGGAAGCCUCACCACUCUCAGGCAAAAGCAGCCAAACGAGGCUCAGCGACCGUCUCCUUUGGAGAUUUGUCCAAAAUCGACCAAAACGGCGAUGACAAGUCAACUUUUUGAAACGUCCCCUCCUUCAUCCUUCAAGACGGCAUAUUUGCGUGACGUGUGGAUACAACACAAAUUUGUACUCAAUGUGAACAUUAAAUUCUGCCUCUUAUCGAACUUGUUGCUUCCCUUCUCUCAAAAUAAAUAUGAAUAGCUGACGUUUCCGGACGACUUCUAA